UGGCCCUGCCCCCUAAAAUAAUCCCCCCUUCCCCCAAAUUCAAGCUUUCGGCAGAGUGCAGACGAACUGUAAGGGUGUCCUGCACAUGACUAAGGGUUAGCAAUUCAUCCUGGAAAUGCGGAAAUAAGGAAUAUGCUUUAGGGUCUCUCGAAGACAACUGCAUAUAUACACCCUGCGAAGAGAUGGCUGUUCAGGCUGCCAUCAUGAACUCGCAGUUCUUAAACUUCUGUUUUCCUGGCUCGGUCAUGGAUUAUGAGGUGGAAAAGGGUCUGGAAGGGGGUCUCCUGGGUGAGAUGGACUGCGGGGGGGACUUUAAGGAGACCACUAGGGACCUGCUUAGCUUCAUCGACUCAGCUUCCAGCAACAUCAAACUUGCACUGGACAAGCCUGUCAAGUCUAAGAGGAAAGUCAACCACCGAAAGUACCUGCAGAAGCAGAUUAAGAGGUGCACGGGAAUCAUCUCGCCAGGGAGCACACCGGUCCAGGAGCCAUGUAAGAGGCAAAGCUCGCCCCCAACCCCAACAAGCAACCUCUCCAGCAAAACGCCACCCAAGAAGGAUGGGAUGCAGGCCAGCCUGCAAAGCAAGAGUCUGGCUGCCCUCUUCAACUCGGCGAAGGAUGCACGAGGAGAGAGGGCCAAGAAGCCCCCGCUGCGGCAUCGAAACCUUCCUCCAUCCUUCUUCACAGAGCCGGCCAACAGCUCCAGAGUUACAUCUACUUCUGGCAUGUCGCUCAAAGACCUGGAGCGAGGGACUCCGGAAGCAGCAGAGUUCUUAGAGCUUCUUGGACCCGAGUACAGCAACAUGGUCUCGGAGCAGGAUUUAUUAUACACUGCACCUAUCAGGAUUCAACAGGAGGUGACCGCGGGCCCCGAGCCGUAUGACUCCCACCAUUUUGUAAGUGGUGGGUUCUUGUACACUGAACCUUGGGGCACUUGUAGCGGCACCUCCAAAAAGCCAGGAGACAUGCGGACAGUACCAGUACAGCCAAAUCUUUAUGCCCACACAGAGCUUUCUGGCAGCGUGCCUGUGGAACAGAGCUCGCCAUGUGCACUUACCUUUCCAAACUUCUUCACAGACUGCUCCACACCUCCAGUCUCCUACGAUCUGGUGAACGGAUACAACAGAGGGAGCUUUUCUUCUCUUUAGGCCAGAGAUUUUCGGUUUCUAAAUUGGAACAAAAAACAAUUCUGCAUUUUUCAGUACGGUAUUGAAAAAGGACUCUACUUACAUGUAUUGCCCUUUUAAUCCUAAAACAUUUGACUCAAAACCAGCUAAGGGUUUAGUGUUUUUUAUGGGAUAACGUAUACAGUAGCAACCUGUAAAAGCUAUACAAUCUUAAGAUGGCCUUUACAUCUAAGGACAAACUUUACUCCAAUUAUUUAAUGAAAACAAAAUGCAUUUUACCGAUUUCUAAUCAUAAAUUAACAAAACUAUGCUUCAGAAAUUUAUUUUAUUGCUCCCUGUAAAUAAAACAACAAAAAAACACUUUGGACUUCUUGUCCUUUAUCAUGCAUUGUUUGAUUUAUAAUAUUACGAAUUUCGAAGCAAUGAUUUGUUACAGAGCUGAUCUCAGGGGAUCUGCUUUUUUGUUUAACUAUAUCACAGACUAAAUGUUCCCAAAUAUACAGUGACCCCAUUAAGUAUUUGAUCACUUAAGGAACACUUAAGAUGUAUGAGUUUAUUUCCAUGUGAUAACAAAAAUAUGAAAUCAAGUGGUGUUUGAAAAUAAUGAUGAUAAUAAUUUCUUCCCUCUCUUAUAGCUAACUUCACUCUGGCAGUCAUUUCUAAUCAAACAGUGUUGCAGUGGCUGUAUAAAGAGUAUAUGCAGUAUUUAUCAGGUGUAUUAUAUUUAACUUACAAAAAAAAAAAAAAAAAAAACUUUUUUGGGGCCAAGACAAAAAACAUGUAACAUCAUGCAAUACUUGCAAUCAAGACAAUCUGUCUACAUUUAAAUUUGUACCACUGUUAACCCAUAGCUUAUUGUUUGUUGACUGUUUAACAUGCAGUAUUAGGAUUUUACAUCUAAAAUAAUGACUUACAGUUCCCUGAAGGUAAAUGUCUAAAUGAAUAUACUUUACAUAACAGAAAAAAUGCUAGGUCUGGAUUUUGGAGUUUCUUGGUAUGUUGAAAGAAAUUGAAAACUGUGAGUGUGUACAACAAGGGUGGACAGAGAAGGAUGAGGUAUAUUUAUGUAAGCUAUAAUAUGAAUUAGUAGUAAUAAUAAUAAUAAUAAUAAUAAUAAUGUGUUAUAUUUUCAAUAUACCAGUAUUGUAUUCAGGUUCAUCCAAAAGUAGGUACAACAUGAACACAGGAACUUUACAACAUUGUUUUGUAACAGUAUGGCCGUACAUUGGUUUAUGAUUAGAAUUAAAUUAGGAAUCAGACAUUUCCAAUUGCACUGGGAAUCAACUAUUAAAAUACAUGAAGUUAAUGAUUUUUAUUUUUAUUUUUUAGUUGUUGUUUUAAAUUAGUUUUAUGUGGGAAGCAUCAGCCAAGAGUAAAACAAAAUGGAGUUUGUAAUUUAUAUGCUGAAACUGCUAAUACUUCAAAAUGUUUGCGGUUCAGAAUCAAAUAAUAAUAAUAAUAAUACUAAUAAUAAUUCUGUUGACUAGUGAUAAGUUGCACACCUAAAUCUAUGAACUUACAGGGGAACUGUAUGAAAGUUUACUUUGGUCAAAAAGUAAUGGGACAAAAUAAAGCUGGUCUUUAUGUCUAUUGAAGAAACACUCUCUGUUUCUUUGUUUUUUUUCUUAUUGCAAACAUAAAGGUGUGUUGAUUAAACUUGAAACA